UAAGCUGACUAUGGGCAAUAUGGAAAUAUGGCUGCUAUUUUUGUCUUUGCUGAUAUGCGUUACAACAGACAAAGAGGUGUCCGUGAUGAGGGAGCUGAGCGCAUCCAUCGGUGAUGUUGUGUUAGAGUGCCAGGCAGAGAUGCAUUUCAACAACGACAUCAUCCAUGACUUCCUAAACUACUGGAGUGAGAAGAACGAGCUGGUGGACAACGACAUGGGGUGCGUAGUGCUGUGCGUGCUCGUCAAGAUGGAGCUCAUGGACCAGGGCGGGCACGUGCAGAAGGAGGAGACCGACGUGUUCCUCAGGGCUAUGGGGGCUGACGACAGAAUCGCCGCCAAGGUAGUGGAGCUGUUUGAGCUGUGCCAGCGCGCCACCAGCGCCAUCAAGGACUUGUGCGACUUCGCACUGCAAGUGGCCAAGUGCUUCCGCUUCGGCAUUAUACAGCUGCAUUGGGCGCCGCGAUACGUCAAGCCCCAAACUGAUGCCCUUAAGAGGAAGAGGGGCAACAGGACUAAUGAAAAUAACAUGAAACGAGUUGAUCAGUAUAUGAGUAAUGGAAACGAUGCCAAGCCGUUUAGGAGGCGAGGCCGCCAGGAUUAUAGAGGACGACGUCACAAUAAAAAAUCAAGACAUUAA